UGGAACCUCAACCCAGCAUGUUAUUAUGAUAGAGUCUGCAGAUGCAGAGGCUGCAGGUCUUGGAGGAUCGUCUCUGGUCAAGCAGGAGAAGACUGAAAGAGAGGACCCACGACACAGCAGAGACAUCCAGACUGGAGCAGCGGCUGGAGUGGCGCCCCCUGUAGCCAUGGCGGACCUUGCGACUGCCGCCGCACCCCAGCCCAGGACCCAACGCAGCAUCACGGAGGUCAGUGGAAUGCCGAAUGCCGUCCUCAAGUCAGAGACAGACACCGAGACUUUAAAUGUAACACAAAGGCUCUUACACACAGGAUCUGACCACAGAUCAGACCCAGAGAGACUGGAGCAGGGGCCACUGGGCUGUCCUCCUGCUCCCGGCUCAGAGUAUUUAGUUUACUGUAACCCGAGUCCGAGGACGGUUCAUUCCCAUCAGGACUUGGGUGAAGCUUCAGAGACUGUCAAUGAUCCGUCUUGUUCUUACGCUACAGAGAUGGACACUGGCAACAUGCCCUUGGGUUUAGAGACACAUACUGAUCUGUCUAGAGGGGACUGGAACCAGUACAGUAGUAGUGUAUACUCUGAAGGGUGCCAAGAUAAGAAAGGGGUGGUUAUAGUGGUAGAUGAGGUGACUGUGAAAGUGGAGGGCGUCGCUCCUCCCACAUGGAAUGAAGAUAGUCACCUAGGAGACGGACACUCACAGGGCAGAGAUUUCUUAGAUUACAGGGAAAGUUUAGAGACAAAUCUAAAUGGCGCCACCCAAUCCCCUUUACACGCAUUCAGGGAUCGCGACCCAGUGUCCACGUCAAUGGCACCGUCCGAUUCACAUGGCUGCGUUCUUUUCGAUCAGGUAUUGAACUCAAAUGACCAAAGUGCCAAGGCUUGGGGAGGGGGAGCAACAUCAGGCAGUAGUAAAGAGAAGCGGUUCCUCUGCAUGUUCUGUAACAAAGGCUUCAGCUGCCCCCAGAAGGUGGAGAUCCACCAGAGGGUCCACACAGGGGUGAAACCUUUCAGCUGUACCCAGUGUCACAUGCGCUUCGCCCAGGCUGGAGACCUGAAGAGGCACCAGAGGGUCCACACAGGGGAGAAACCCUUCAGCUGCCCCCAGUGUGAGAAGAGGUUCUCCCAGGCUGGUGACCUGAAGAGGCACCAGAGGGUCCACACAGGGGAGAAACCCUACAGUUGUACCCAGUGUCACAUGCGCUUCGCCCUGGCUGGCAACCUGAAGAUGCACCUGAAGGUCCACACAGGAGAGAGGCCGUUCGCCUGUAGGCACUGUGGGAAGAGGUUCUCAGAGAGGAGCUACCUCAGGAUACACCAGCAGAAAAACCAUUCCACUCUGUAAAAUAGAAAAUAACAAUUUCACUCGAUAGCUUCUGACGUUUAGAUCAAACCCUGCGUUAACCCCCCAGCGUGAGUUUUUUCAGAAUGCACUCACUAGCUAGGUGUCCAUCCCAAUUGGCAACAGAUUUUCAUGCGAAUAUUCUAAAAUCUGCAUAAAAACAAUGAAAUGGACUUGUUGCGGAUCAAAAUCAGUGUGGCGAUGACUUAGUGUACCCAAAAUGUACUUUUUCUAUUAAGUUUUCAUGUACCUAAUAAAAAUAUGAAGUUCAA